GCCAUCUCUUUAUUUCUCUGACGCGUUCAUUUCAAACUUUGGUGUCGCUGACCGAAUACGGUCUUCCUCUCUUCGGCUACCUCUUCUCUCUCGCCCCUUUCACGGCACUUCUGUUUAACUUAAAGGUGUUUGUGACGAGAGAGAGAGAGAGACAGAGAGACAGAGAAGGGCUCGACAAAAUCUUUUUGCGGAACCCUAACAACGUUCAAUCGCACUAGAAAUCUUUGGCUGGAACUCUUGCUUGCCAUUCUUGAGGUUUCGGUGCUGGUUGCUCGAAUCAGAAAUGAAGAGAGGCAGACUAGUUAAGUUAGAUACUUUUGUGUCAUUGACAAGGCAAAGAUCCGUUCAGAUUCUGAUCGGAGUUGGGCUUUUGUAUAUACUGUUGGUCACCGUGGAAAUCCCCUUUGUAUUCAAAACUGGGUUUAGUUCUGUUUCUCAGGAGUUCUUGACUCGCCCUUCUAGACUAGAGAGCGAGGAGGACUUGGAAGAAAGGGAGGCCCCUUCACGUCCGCUGGAAAGAGUUUCUGUAAACGCGUACCAACCGAUUCCGAGCCAACUCGCCGAGCACAAGAUUCUUUCAGGGUUGAUCCUGGAUAACAGCACAUUCGAUUUGCUUGAUAAGGAUGGGUCUCUGGAGCUUUACAAGUCAGCUAAGAAUGCCUGGAAAGUGGGGAGGAAGAUUUGGGAUGAGCUAGAAUCCGGGAAAUCGCGAGUCGCCGCCAAGAAAUCCGAGAAUCGAUCGGAUUCGUGCCCGCGAUCGAUUUCGUUGUCCGAGUCGGACUUUUUGGCCCAUGGGCGACUUAUGGUUCUUCCUUGUGGACUGACAUUGGGGUCCCACGUGACUGUUGUGGCAAAGCCGCUGGCGGCGCACGCAGAGUUGGACCCGAAGAUAACUUUGGUGAAGGAUGAUGAUGAACCGGUGAUGGUUUCGCAGUUCAUGAUGGAGCUGCAGGGUUUGAAAACAGUGGACGGCGAGGAACCCCCCAGGGUUUUGCAUUUUAAUCCCAGAUUGAAAGGAGACUGGAGUGGGAAGCCUGUGAUUGAGCUCAAUACCUGUUACCGAAUGCAGUGGGGUUCAGCGCUUCGGUGUGAUGGUUGGAAAUCGAAGGCUGAUGAAGAGACCGUUGAUGGGCUGGUGAAGUGUGAGAAGUGGAUUCGAGAUGAUGACAAUCAUGCAGAGGAGACCAAGGCUAGAUGGUGGUUGAAUAGACUGAUAGGCCGGACCAAGAAAGUUUCAGUUGACUGGCCAUUCCCAUUUUCCCAGAGCAAGCUGUUUGUUCUCACUCUUAGUGCUGGAUUGGAGGGUUAUCAUAUUAAUGUUGAUGGGAGGCACGUGGCAUCUUUUCCUUAUCGCACCGGUUUUACCCUUGAGGAUGCCACUGGGCUUUCUUUGAGUGGCGAUAUUGAUGUCCACUCUGUAUUUGCUGCCUCUUUGCCUUCAAACCAUCCAAGUUUUGCCCCACAGAAGCAUCUUGACUGGUCAAGCAGAUGGCGUGCCCCUCCUCUUCCUAAUUUUGAUGUUGAAAUGUUCAUCGGCAUCCUCUCUGCUGGAAAUCACUUUGCUGAGCGGAUGGCUGUAAGAAAGUCAUGGAUGCAGCAUAGGCUUAUUAAAUCUUCAAAAGUAGUGGCUCGUUUCUUUGUAGCACCGCAUCCCAGAAAAGAAGUUAAUGCAGAGUUAAAGAAGGAAGCAGAAUAUUUUGGUGACAUUGUUGUAGUGCCCUACAUGGACAACUAUGACCUUGUUGUUCUGAAAACAGUGGCCAUUUGUGAAUAUGGGGCUCGCACAAUUUCUGCCAAGUAUAUCAUGAAGGGCGAUGAUGACACUUUUGUCAGAGUGGAUGCUGUAUUGAAUUUAGCAAGGAACUUUCCGGUUGACAAGAGCUUCUAUAUUGGGAACAUAAACUACUACCACAAGCCCUUGCGCUACGGUAAAUGGGCCGUGACAUACGAGGAGUGGCCCGAAGAGGAUUACCCACCCUAUGCUAAUGGGCCUGGUUAUAUUUUAUCGUCCGAUAUUGCACGCUAUGUUGUGUCUGAAUUUGAAAGGCAUAAAUUAAGGUUGUUCAAAAUGGAAGAUGUAAGCAUGGGAAUGUGGGUCGAGCAAUUCAACAAGACGAAACCAGUAGAGUAUCUGCACAGCUUGAAGUUCUGCCAGUUCGGAUGCAUAGAAGAGUAUUACACGGCUCAUUACCAAUCACCGAGGCAGAUGAUGUGCAUGUGGGAUAAAUUGCAAAGAGAGACAACCCCCCAGUGCUGCAACAUGAGAUGACGAUGGAGGGAUAUAUGAUUAGAGGCCAUCUUUGGAUUCAGAAAAAGAAGCAGCAAGUUUUGCAGUUAUAGCCAUCGAAUAUUGUAUAUACUGUGGAGCUUGGAUAGAGAAACGUUUCGCCCCUGUAUAAAUAUAGCCCCCUCGUUGAAUUCA